AAGGAUUUGUUGUAUUCUCUUUUUAUUUAGCAUUUGCACAACGUAACAACUUCACUAGUUUUGGGGUUUGUAAUACAUGGCGAUAAUCGGUGUGAAUCCAGAAUUGAAUUAUCCCCCCUAGAAUGGGAAUAGGAUGGAAUCGUGGGGUUGCCCAAAAAUUGCCACCUCUGCUAAACACCCAGCAAUCAUGUCUUCAAGGUGAGUAGUUUAACUUUAUUUAUGAUUUCUUUAUUACAAAAUGUUAAAACCUCUGUUCUUUUACAUUCCCAAUAUGUCCCCUUGAGUACCCCAACCCUGCCACCCCCCCACUCCUAAGUCAGCUGGGAUGAAGGGGGCCCUUGUGUUCCACCAGCAUUGUUCCCUGCAGAGUUUGCCAAGCUUGUGCAACUUGGGCUUUUCCUUUCGCCGGGAUCCUUCCUUGACGUUCCGCCGCAGCAAUGGAGUUUGUGCAAGUGAUGGUGUGGACUCUGUGCGUGAUUUCCUCAGCAGCAUCAGGGGACGGUUGCUCCUUAAUCCUCAAGCCCCCCAGAGUGGUGGUGGGCUUCGGCCAGCCCGUGUCGGUCAGUUGCGAGGCCGCCCGGCCCGUGCGGGUGCUGGGCUGGGAGUCGGCCGUCAGCGCGGCGCACACCCAGCAGGGCCCGAGCGUGCAGUGGAAGGUGGACAGCCUCAUCGACUGGAUUGACGAGCCCAUCUGUUACGGCGUCUUCUUCACCACGCCACGCCAGUGCGAGGAGAAGCUCAACCUCGUCCUCUACAAGAGCCCAGACAGUGUCACCAUCAGGACGGUGAACCACAGCGGCCCCAUGCAGGAGGGCAAGGAAUACCAGCUGCUCUGCGAGGUGCAGAACGUCGCUCCCGUCCAGUACCUCAACUUGAGGUGGUACAGAGGCCCCACCCAGGUGUACAACCGCUCCUUUUCUGACCUCACGUCUGCCUCGCCGGUGCAAGUGUCCUCCGUCCUGGUCAUCACGCCCACCAAAGCCGACAACGGUGCACGCUACAGCUGUGUAGCAGAGCUGGAACUGGGACCGGAGGGACCGCAACCGCCUCUGGCUGUCACCUCGCAGACCCUGAGAGCUUCUGUGCACUUCCCUCCAGUGUUCCAAAGUCCUGGAGCAGAAAGUGUGGACUUGACAGACGGUGGUGAAGUGACACUAAACUGCAGCGCCGCAGGAAACCCAGAACCCGCCUACAGCUGGUGGGCCCCCCAGGCCCUGCAGGAGCUGAGAGAGGAGGGCCACGCUGUGCUGGCCUCCUCCUCCUUGCUGCCAGGAACCUACACCUGCACCGCCUCCAACACCCUGGGCAAGAAGAGCAAGCAUUUCACCGUCCGAGCCAAGGAGGUGUAAAGGUGCGCUCUUUAAAUCAGGACACACUGAGAGGAGAGGAGACAUUCUAAGAUGAAUAACAUUUUCCCUCCAACAGUGACAAUUGACUCCAAUAAAAGCACCACCUCAAAUACACACCUCCCUCAUUGUGUCCCCUUCACGCUGUAAUAUAUCUUUUACUAGGACAUCUUUACCUAAACACACUGCCAGCAAAGCACACCUGCCAUCUGUAAAGCUGCCGUUGACAAACGAUAGCGAUGCUUCAGAGCAAACGCUGCGAAGAAAUUGGACAGAAAAUUCUACUAUUUUUGUAUUAUUGUAGCAAAAUUAUUCACAAACGUGUAUCUCAAUCUGUGCAUGUGUACUCCAAUUUGUGUGUGUGUGUGUGUGUGUGUGUGUGUGUGUGUAUCAAUCCUAGUGUGUGUGUGUGUGUGUUCAGAUCCACGUACGUGUUUGAAGUUGUCUGUUUAUCCACAAUCACAAAGAACCCUCAAAUAUUUGGACUCGGGGGCCACAUUGAGAGACAAAGUGUGUCUGGGGGGGCCAAUAUGUAUGUGUGUAUAAAUGAUAUAUACACAUUUGGAUGUACAGUAUGUGUGUAUAAAUGAUAUAUACACAUUUAUAUGUACAGCAGGCCUGGCCCUAACCAAUCUGGCGCCCUAGGCAAGAUUUUAGGUGCCCCCCCCCCCCCACAUCGGCAGUGAAGUGUAUAUACUCACAAGAAACCGAAUAGCUUUGUCUUUGACCUUUUUUUUUACUUAAAGAAAGCAAAUUAACAUAUUAUAUGAGAAUGUUAUGUUAUGAUUAUCUUUAACCGAAUCACAGCAGUGCUCAAAUUAAAAAACAGCAUUCCCUCUCAUGUGAUAUUGCUUAAUUAACAUUAAUGAUGUGCACUUUAACAACUAGGCUUACAACUAUACCUAAUAUAUAAAGGGGUGGAAAAGUGACUAUUACCUGCAGGGCAAACAUUAGCUAACCAGAAAGCAAUAACAAUGUAAACAAAAAACACCUGCUUAUACAAAUGUCCCUGAGGAAUGUAAGGUGGGAGUACUGUAAUUACCUAACGUUACAUUAUUAUUUUCCAUAACAAUUUAGCCCCCUCCACAAUAUUAACCCGACGUUAAAACAAAACUAGCUAUUUAUUGAUUAGCAAUUGCCGAAUCAUGUAACAUUAGCUUAAUGCUAAAAAGCCAGGUUACUAUCACAUUCUGUAACAGACAAAUAAUUUCAUGUAGGCUAACGUUACCUACCUGCUACCUCUGUCUUUUUCUCCUUUCUCCUCCUCUUCUUUUCUCUUUUUUCUUCCCUGGGCACCUGACAGUUUUGGCCGUUUUGACAUCUUGUGUUGAGUUUUUGAUGUGGUAAGAGUCAUGAUACGGGAAGGGAGGGGGCGCACCGUGCGGGGGGAUGGGGGGGCGGCGUAAUGUUGUAACAAAUAAUAUUUCUAUUAAAUAGGCUUUACUUUGCAUUUUAAUUAACGUGGGAUUAUUUUUUGUAUUUAGAAAUAAUAGUACCAACUUUUUUUUUUCCUUUUUCUCUCCAACAUUUGUGGCACUGGCGUGGCGCCCCCUGAUGGACGGCGCCCUUAGCAUUUGCCUAUACGGCCUAUGCCACGGGCCGGCCCUGAUGUACAGUAUGUGUGUAUAAAUGAUAUAUACACAUUUAGAUGUACAGUAUAUGUGUUUGGCUCCCUUCUUUUCAGGAACACUAAUACCAAAAGUCCCAAUGUCCCAUAGAGUUCUACAAAAGUUGUGACAGACCACCUCAAAAGAACGGAAUGGAAUUUUACAGUUUUUUACUGAAUGGGACACCCAAAAUGUACAUGAAAAUAAAGAAAGUGGGAUUUACAAUAUUAACUAUGAACAAUAAAACAGUGAAUAUUAACAACAUAUGAACAUCUUUUACUUCUCAGAGCAGCUCCUCCAUAGUUGUGUAUCUUUUACAAUCAAUCAAAA